GGAGUGAUCAAGCCAUUUAAAUAUGUCGUCAGAGCGAACAUUGGCAAUGCUCACGCAAUGGGCCAAAAACCAAUCACCUUUAUACGACAGGUUUUGGCCUGUACAACCAAUCCAUCGCUGAUAACUGCAAGCAAAUUUCCGCCGGAUGUUACCGAACGUGCUGAACUGCUAUUGAGUGCGUGCGGCGGAGAAAGCGCUGGAUCAUACAGCGAGAGCAGUGGCAUCGAAUUAGUCCGGAAAGACGUCGCAGGAUAUAUUACGCGCCGAGAUGGCGGUAUCCCAUCCAAUCCCGAGAAUAUCAUUCUUUCCGCCGGUGCUUCCGAGGCUAUACGAAAUGUCUUGAAACUUUUUAUCAGCAGAGAAGGAGGAAAAAAGGCGGGUAUAAUGAUCCCGAUUCCACAGUAUCCGCUCUACUCGGCUUCUAUUGUGGAAUUCGGCCUCGGCUUGGUACCCUAUUAUCUUGAUGAAAAAAACAACUGGUCUCUGGACAUUGACGAACUGGAACGGGCAUAUAAAGAAUCGCUGCAAAAAUUCAACACUCGGGUGCUCUGUGUUAUCAAUCCCGGCAAUCCGACCGGUCAAUAA